GGUCCCUUACCCUCGGUGUGCUUUGGCAGCGCUGUCCGUCUUUCUUCGGUGGGCCCUCUGCCGAGAGUCCCGCAACUUGGGGGUUCCGGUCCAAGGUGCGGUAAGAGGGAACCGUUUGUUCCAGGUCUGCCGUAGCGGCGAGGAUGAACUCGAAAUUCUUCCAGAUACUGAAGUCUAAAAAAGAACUCAUUCCCCUGGCUGGAAUACUGUCCUUCGCAGCACUUGGAGCACUCUCUUUUUCUGUUUACUCCCUGUUCAGCAAAUCUGAUGUGAUCAUUAAUAAGAGUGGCAAUCCAGAACCAUGGCAGACAAUUGAUCCUACCAAGCCUCAGAAGCUAUUAACAGUCCAGCAGAAAUGGAAACCUAUAGAAGAGCUGGAAAAUGUCAAAAAGCUGACAAAGUGACAAGUUUCUAUUGCCUCAAAAAAGGUACCCUAUCAGUCUAGUGGAAUCACUUCUGCACAAACUUGACUACUUGAAUCAGUGUGCGGAAAUGCUUCUGCUACAUUUUUAGGGUCUCCCUACAUUUUUUGGAUUCUGGAUGAGGAGUUUCAUGUUGCUUUAGAAGUUGGCUUGCAAUAUCCACAUAAUCCAAAAAUCUGUCUCAAAUAUCUAUUUGCAGCAGGCAUUUGAUGACAAGUGUUGAAUAUUCAGAUGGUAACUAGAGAUGGAAAAAGUCUUCACACUUUUUGUACAUUUUUUUCCUCUCAAAAUACAUUAAUUUUGUAAUUUUACACAGUUUUGAUAAAAUAGAUUUUAAAUCUUUACAAACACUCUAUGUAUAUCCCAUAACUGGAGAGUACCAAAAAGCUCUUAUAAAUUGUGAUUCUUGGUAUGUUCCAUCUCUAUGCUGUAUGUCAAUGCUAGUACAGAGACUAGAGAGUCAUCUUUGUUUUCCACAUUAGGUGAGGUGACAAUUUAAAUCAAAACAAAUGUUACACUGCUAAUACCAGAACUUACAUGUGCUCACCUUAAGCCACUGAGGAGUCCAACAGGUUAUAUAAAGGUAUAUUUCAGACUGCAGGAUUAGAACAUAAGAAUUAAGCAUGGCUGAAAGGGAAUUGGAAAUGAAAUAAUUUUUGUUGUAUUGAAAUACUGUUCAUGUUUAAAUGUAGAAGGAGUUACUAGAGUUAGGAAACUUGCAUUAUCCAAAACUGCACAAUGUUAAUUUAUACUUUUUCUGCAAGGUGGUUUGUGGAUGAUCUCAAAUGUCCUGUGUAGUUAAUUCUUUUUCUGCAAGGUGGUUUGUGGAUGAUCUCAAAUGUCCUGUGUAGAUAACGAUACGUGUUAGCAUUUCUAGAUAAAUGCCAUUAGGGACAAGUGCUUUAACAAAGAGUAAAUAACAGAUUAACAUUAAGAAUAGUUCUGUGAAGAAACAGUUCUUUUCUAAUAAUUUCUGUGUUUUCUUGUGAGUUAGCCAGGGCAAAAAUAUAAAGGGCAGACCCCUCAGUAAAUUAAUGAGGCAAUAUACGCAUCCAAAGGUAGAGCAGUCCUUUCAUGGGUGUUUUCUGUAGGCGUCCCCUCCCGAGCAG